AUGGAUAUGAAUAAAGCCCCGCUCGGUCCUGCGUCUCCAGACGGCGUUGACUGGACCCAGGACAUACCGGACAGCGAUCACGUCCGCUUUUUCAGGUCAACCCCGUUUCAUUACUCGCAAUUGGGUCCUUUCGAGUCUUGGAGCACCACACUCCGCCUGUACACUUAUCAACUCUUCGCGGAUAACCGCCCUGGAUGUAUCUAUUGGGGCCCGGAAAAAGUCGCCAUCUAUAAUGAGGCUUUCGUUGAACCUGCUGGGGGUUCGCACCCAUUUCUGAUGGGCCACACGUUUGCAGAGGUAUACCCAGAGAUUUGCAACGACAUAAUGCCCGUCUUUGAGAUGGCGAUACAAACUAAAAAGGCUGUCCCCGUUGUGGAGAUUCCUCUCAUGGUCAAUAGAAACAACUUCCUGGAGGAGACUUUUUUCACAGGCAACUUCAAUCCGCUUCGUGGCGAUGAUGGACGGGUCGAAGGCUUCUACAACUCGUUGACCGAAGUCACUAGACAAAAGAUCACGGAUCGCAGACGGAAGAUGCUUAACCUCAUUGCGGCCCUCCCAGAUGGUUGUACUUCUGAUACUUUGGGAUCUCACUUCAUGAAUUGCUUCCAGACAAACUCAUCAGAUAUGCCGUUCGUUGUCAUGUGGUCGGCAGAUGGAGACACGUCACUCUCAACGAAGCCAGCCACUCGAUUGAAAUUUAUGGGAAGCAUCGGUUUACCAGAAGGCCACAAGCUUCGAGCAGAACGUGCCUCAUUGGACGGCGAGGAGGAGACAUAUUCACUCUUGAGGAACGCCGCAAUUGACCCUGUCACAUGCCCACGUGGACCAGACUUUGACGAUAUUCAAUGGCAAGGCUUUGAGGAGCCCUCACAACAUAUCUGCACUGUGCCGAUAUCGAACGCUGGUCGCCUAUACGGGUAUUUGAUGGUUGGUGCAAACCCGCGGCGACCGAUUGAUGAUGACCAUGAACAAUUUAUGCGCGAUCUUGCAACGCAAACUUCCUCAACCAUGGCAUUCUUAGUCUCCAUGGAGGAAUCGAGAAAGCGACAGAAUAGCUUGGAGAAUCAAUUAGCUGCUAGUGAGCGUCAUAUCAGGUAUAUGGCCGAUCACCUGGACGUUGGACUUGAGCAUCUAAAUUUAGACGGCAAAGUCAUCUGGGCCAACGAACACUACUUCAGUCUGAUUGGCCAGGAACCUACGACCGACUUUCAAACGCUACGCCUACCAUUCAAGAGUCAUGUCUUGGAAGAAGACCAGCCGAAGAUCUUGGCCGCCUGGGAAGCAGUUGUGAAAGGUACGUCGACGAACACCACCGAGUUUCGUAUGAAAAAAUUAUGGACCCCGCCAUCUGGCCCUCCCAUCAACGCAACCGUGCUCCUCUCAGCAAUACCAUAUGUGGAGGAUGGCGAAAUCAAGUCUGUCGUGGCUUGCAUGACAGAAGUCAGCCGACUCAAAUGGGCCGAAGCAUGGCAAGCUCGGGCAGCUUACGAAGCACAAGAAGCGAAACGGCAACAGAGCGAAUUUACAGAUGCGAUCUCACACGAAGUACGAAAUCCGCUAUCGGCGAUGCUGCAGCUGGCCAAUGGCAUAUCUGGGUGCUUGGAAGACAUUACGGAAGAAGAUGCAAGUCCAGAAGAAUGUCUACAAAUUAUCCAGGACAACAUCGAAGCAGCAAAGACGAUCAUCUUCUGCGCCAACCACCAGAAAAAGAUUGUAGAUGAUGUGCUGAUCCUGUCGAAGAUGGACUUCAUGCUCUUGACGCUAUCGCCGAGUCCUUCAAGACCACUUGAUCUAGCUCAGAAUGCUGUUAAAAUGCUUCAUGCCACCAUAUCUGAGGCGAAGAUCGACUUGAAAGUCGAGGAAGACGAGUCAAUUACGAAACUGGGGCUCUCAUGGGUACUCUGUGAUCCACUACGAGUCGCACAAAUUCUGAUCAACCUCCUCUCUAACGCCAUCAAAUUCACACGACAGGAGAGCCGCCGCUGUGUCACUGUGUGUUAUGGCGCUUCUAUAGAGGAGCCAAGCAAUUCAUUUGGAGAAGGGUUCGCUUGGGCUUCCUCAAAACACGAGCAAGAAGAUGUCACCAACGGUCAAGAGUGGGGUGACGGGGAGCAAGUCUAUCUCACUUUCUGUGUGAAGGACACCGGCCCUGGAAUGACAGAAGAAGAACGUAGCCGCUUGUUCAGCCGGUUCCAACAAGCGAGUCCGAAAACGUCAAUCAAGUAUGGUGGUACAGGCCUCGGUCUCUUCAUCUCCCACACUUUGACUGAGAAACAAAACGGAAAGAUGGGAGUGAUAUCAAAACCCGGGCAAGGAAGUACCUUUGCCUUCUUCGUCAAAGGUCGUCGGGUGCCAGUCCCACCUACACCCUCUUCAGAGUCUACGCAAGAGUUCGUGUUUAGGCAAUUGAAGGCAGCUCAAGAAAACGUGACUCCGGAUGCGACUGUCUCAGAAAAACCCAAAAAGGUGCAGAGACCAAAUAUCUUGUCAGGUCCGAAGAUCCCCCAGUACUUGGAUCCGUCAGAUGUGGUGUAUCACAUUUUGCUGGUAGAAGAUAAUAUCAUAAACCAACGCAUCAUGAGAGCACAACUCGUCAAAGCCAAGUGCAAUGUCUAUGUCGCCAAUCACGGCUUGGAAGCUCUAGACAACCUACGUCGCUCUGACAUCUGGGAAGAGACAAACGGCACCGGUCACAAACUCGAUGUCAUAUUGAUGGACGUAGAGAUGCCCAUCAUGGAUGGCCUCUCAGCCUGCAGGGAAAUCAGAUCACUGGAAAAAGCCGGCAAGUUGACAAGACAUAUCGAGGUUAUUGCUAUCACUGCCAAUGUGCGACAGGCUCAGGUCGACCGGGCAUUGGAUGCUGGUAUUGACGAGGUGAUGUCGAAACCAUUCGUGGUACCAGAGUUGCUCAAGAUGAUCAAGUCUCGUCUUGGAAGAUGA